CUAACCUUCAAGGAUGUCAUUAAAGCAAACUCGUCAAAAAGCAAGUGGAAGGUUAUUGAUAUAUGUUUAUUUUGUGUACUACUGACAUACGGAAUAAAGUGGUGUUAUUUGAAGGACUAGUGAUAAUUAGGAACUGAUUUACCAGAAUCGCCAAGAACAACGACUUUUACUUUCUCAAUUGCAGCCAUAUCGGGAUAAAAAGCAUUAUGACGGAAGAACGGCUGGUGACGGAGGUGCCCAGCAGUUUGAAGCAGCUGGCGCGGCUCGUGGUCCGAGGCUUCUACACCAUAGAAGAUGCCCUCAUCGUCGACAUGCUGGUUCGCAAUCCCUGUAUGAAAGAAGAUGAUAUAUGCGAGCUGUUAAAGUUCGAGAGAAAAAUGCUAAGAGCCCGAAUAGCUACCCUCAAAAACGACAAGUUCAUCCAAGUCAGACUCAAAAUGGAAACAGGUGCAGACGGCAAGGCACAGAAAGUGAACUACUACUUCAUAAACUACAAAACGUUCGUGAACGUGGUCAAGUACAAGCUGGACCUGAUGCGGAAGCGGAUGGAGACCGAGGAGCGGGAUGCGACCAGCCGCGCCAGCUUCAAGUGUCCCUCCUGCGGGAAGACCUUCACCGACCUUGAGGCGGACCAGCUGUACGACAUGAUGACGCAGGAGUUCCGCUGCACCUUCUGCAGCCAAGUGGUGGAGGAAGACCAGUCCGCCCUCCCCAAGAAGGACUCCCGCCUGCUGCUGGCCAAGUACAACGAGCAGCUGGAGCCGCUGUACCAGCUGCUGCGGGCCGUUGAGGGCAUCAAGCUGGCCCCGGAGAUCCUGGAGCCGGAGCCGGUGGACAUCAACACCAUUCGUGGGCUCAAUACAAAACAGUCCUUACUCCGGCCCGGCAACGAGCAGUGGUCGGGCGAGGCCACCCGCAGCGGCGGCCUCGCUGUGGAGGAGACCAGAGUCGACGUCACCAUCGGCGAGGCCUCGCGCGCGGCCCCGGCCAGGAAGGAGCGCCCUGUAUGGAUGGUGGAGAGCACUGUCUCUUCGGGGGAACAGAGCGAGGCGGCAGCGGCAGAAGCGGCGCUGGAAAAGGCGGCAAGCAGUGCCGCAGCAGCCAAGGCCAGCAGCAAGGGCGCCGACGACAUCAUGUCCGUGCUGCUGCAGCACGAGAAACAGAAUACAGGUACUUACAUGAUGGAGCAAUCAGCAGACAGCGCUGGAGGCGAGCAGCGCCGCAGCAGCCAAGCGCUGGAGGCGAGCAGCGCCGCAGCAGCCAAGACCAGCAGCAAGGGCGCCGACGACAUCAUGUCCGUGCUGCUGCAGCACGAGAAACAGAACACAGGUACUUACAUGAUGGAGCAAGCAGCAGACAGCGCUGGAGGCGAGCAGUGCCGCAGCAGCCAAGGCCAGCAGCAAGGGCGCCGACGACAUCAUGUCCGUGCUGCUGCAGCACGAGAAACAGAACACAGUUGUCAAAUGGGCGAGCAGUGCCGCAGCAGCCAAGGCCAGCAGCAAGAGCGCCGACGACAUCAUGUCCGUGCUGCUGCAGCACGAGAAACAGAACACAGGUACUUAUACAUGAUGGAGCAAGCAGCAGACAGCGCUGGAGGCGAGCAGUGCCGCAGCAGCCAAGGCCAGCAGCAAGGGCGCCGACGACAUCAUGUCCGUGCUGCUGCAGCACGAGAAACAGAACACAGCAAGCAGCAGACAGCGCUGGAGGCGAGCAGUGCCGCAGCAGCCAAGGCCAGCAGCAAGGGCGCCGACGACAUCAUGUCCGUGCUGCUGCAGCACGAGAAACAGAACACAGACAACUCGGCAGCGAACGCACUAAAGGCAGAGCCGGACAGCUCGGAUGACAGCGACGCCGAGUCCAAGGAUCCCUUCAAACUCAAGACAGACGUCGAGGCAAUCCCGGAAAUGGAGAGCUCAUCGUCGGAGAGCGAGGACGGCGCGCCGUCGGUGCUGGUGGCGGGCGCGCGCGUGGCGCUGCCGGCGGUGGACGACGCCGCCAUCGCGCGCAUGACGCCGCAGGAGAAGGAGGCCUACAUCCAGCUCUACCAGGACUAUUACAGCCAUAUUCUGGAUUAGUAACAACUCAUCUUAUUACAUGAUGAAACUGAA